AACAGGCUGCGGUGAGACGGACGACACUCUCUAACCUCUCGCAUUCAUGGAAGCAACAAAGAAACACUCACUGGAAGAGUUCGGCGAACUGUCGGGGAAGCACUCGGAGGAAAUAACGUUAAAAUGGUCUAUACACAAGCCCUCGUCUUUGCCAACGGCAUGUCCGUCAGAAGCGAGCAGGAAAACCUAGCCGAGGACCUGAGCUUUCUAAAGCACUACAGAUCAGACAGAGAAACUCAGAAACUCAAACACUGCGGCAGACUCAUGAAAGCACAGAGCUCAUCCAGUCUUGGAUCCGAGUGCAGUUUGGAAGAGGAAGAAGGAGAAGACGUGUGUCUUCAAAUCGACCUGUCCAAACGCAUUGAGAAGUGCCUCUAUGAGGCCAAAGGAGCCAGUCUGAGCUGUAAAGAGCUGCGUCUGCCCCGCCGCAUGACCGCACGUGUGGCCGGAGACAUCUUGCGCUCGUCCUCGGAUGAGCCGUGUGGGAUCCGAGGCGCUCUGAUCCACAUAUUCAUGGAAAGCAAAGGCACACUACUGAAACUGGGCACCGUGAUUCCCGAUCAAAGUCUCACGCCGACCUUUGAGGUCUCAGUGGUCCUUCAGCCGGAUCUGGGCGGAUGGCCUCCGUUGAAGAUCCUGUUCGGAGGCGGGAAGGUUUUGAGCCUCAGACGGGAAUAUCGGCUGAUUAAACGAAAACUCUACUCAUCCGCCACGCCAACUGUACUUGAGUUUUAUUAAAAGUCUAGUAUUAAAGGGAACAUCGAAUGCCCAUUUUCCAGUUCGUACGAUACUUUGGUUAAAAAUCCUCAAUGGUCAUGUAAAACAACACCCUUUUUCACCAUGUCAAAAACAGCUCUGUUCACAGAAACUCCGUUUCAGUGCAUGUCACUUUAAAUGAUAAUGAGCUACUGCUCACCCCGCCCCUUCAUCUGUUUGCUGUGUAUUUGGUGGUGUGUUACCAUCAAAUGAAGACUCUUGUGUUCACUUUUACAUCCAACUACUAAACAUCUGCAUUGCUUAUGAGACACUGUUGUCGCUACAGCUGCUUGAGCGUGGAGAAAAUGACGGAAAUAUGCUAAUACGUCGUGGGCGGGGCUUGAGCAUAAGACAGUUUAGGUUUUUUGGGGAUUGAAAAAGGAAGUGAAUGGAUUUUUAUCAUUGUAGGGACACAUUUAUAUGCAAACAGCAUGUAAAAGUGAAUUUUGCAUCCGAUGUCUCCUUUAAGAGUAAAAAGAAGACCAGGCCUGAGGUCUCAGAGAAAGAAGAACUUUAGGAAAAGUUAAUUUUGCACAUUAUUUCUAACUGUUACAUCAGUGUAUGUUCACUGAAUGCUGUUUAAAAACUUGGAUAACGUUCAGUUUGAUAUAAGAAGUUGAUAUUGUGAAUCUGACAUUUCUAACACAGUAUGAGCAGCUAUGUUGAUAUAAUAUUGCAUUAUAUAUUGCAUACAAACAGAAAAUAUAGAACCGAAUGCAUAUACACUAUCUUUCAAAAGUUUGGGGUCAGUAAGAUUUUUAAAAAUGUUUGAAAAUCUCACUAAUGAUGUUUUAAUGAAUCAAAAACACUGUAGUAAGUUAAAAUAACCGUUGUAUCAUUUUAAUAUAUUUUAAAAUUUUAUUUAUGAAUUUGAUGGCAAAGCUGAAUUUUCAGCAGUUAUUACUUAAGUCUUCAACCUUCAGCAAUCAUUCUAAUAUGAUACAUAAUAGUACAUUUAUUAGUAAAUUAUGGUGUGUUACCAUCAAAUGGUAUUGAUGUUGAAAACAGUUGUUGCUUAAAAUUUUAAAUUUACUUUUUUUAUGAUUCUUUGAUGAUCAGUAAGUUAAAAAAAACAGUAUUUAUUUGACAGAAAUCUAUUAUAACAUUAUAAAUGUUUACUGUCAGUUUUGAUAUAUUCAGUGCAUCCUUGCUGAAUUAAAGUAUUAAUUUCUUCCAUUAAAAAAAAAAAAAAAUCACACUGACCCAUUGCUUUUGAACAGUAAUAUAUAUUAAUGUGUAAUCUUGGAUUUUAUAUUGUUGUAAAAGCUCAAAGCAUUGUGACAAACACUAAUGUCAGGUGACAUUGCACGUGAUCAGAUCAUCUUCGUAUGACUAUGAUGGGUGUGAAUGUUCAGUUUCAAUUCUUCACUAUUGUUUACUGAUGUUCAGGGAUAUAGGAUUGUUCACAGUGUAUGAAUCACGUCGCUAAUAUAUGUUGACGUCAUUAAUGGAUAUGUGGUGUUCUUUGUCACGUUUUGUGAACAGGACAAGCUGGUUUUGUCCUUUCAUUUGUAUUAAUAUUUGUUGUUUGAAAGAACAAGUUGAAUAAAUUAUUUUUAAAAUAACGUAA